UUUUUUGAUGAGCGUGAUUCCUCUGAAAUACUCACUAGCAAACAAUUAGGUCAUGAUUCUUUGAUGCCUAACACUUUGGAAAAUCAAUUGGUGAUGGAGAAAUUAACAAAUCUUAAUAAUUCUAAUUCCCAUUUAUCUAUUAAAACUGAAAUUGAAGAUAAUUCCAGUUUCAAUCAUAAUAUGGAAACAAUUUCUCCAAGUCAACAUGAACCACCGGAAGCGGAAAAACUUCAAAAUGUUCUUUCGGUAACAUUGUUAAACAGGAAUAAUCAAUCGACUGAAGAACUUACGGGUGAUAACUAUACGCUUCCGAUUGAAAAUACCACGACAACUCAUCAACAGCAUUAUAGGAGCGGUGUUGCAGUUGGUGAUAACGGUAAUGAUGAUGACGAUAAUGGGGAGAUCGAUUUUGAAGACAAUGCGCCCGAUUCUGUGGACAAAUUACUGUCAGAUACAACAACGAAUAAAAUCCCAUUAAAUUCAAGUAGUCCAACUCGUGAUAAUAAUGGUAAUAAUGAUAAUUUAAACAAUGAAGCAUAUACUACAACUAAUCACAUAGAUGAGAAUGACUUAAUCUUUUUAACAACAACGACAACAACAUCGUCAAUGUCUCCACCAUUGGAACUGUUGCCGCCUCCACUACCAUCUCAACUCUCGUUAACAAUGUUACCAACUAAAGACACUACAUUAUGGUCGACCACUGCUACUAAUACUACUGCAAAAGAAACCCAUUUACAAAAUUCAUCACCAUUGGAUAUUACCUCGGCAUCAUUAAGCACUUGUAAUUUCGUUGUUUAUGAUGAUGAUGUGAUGAUGGUGGUGUGGUGGUGGGGGAAAGUGAAGGUGUAG